AUGGCGGCAAAUCUUCUCUCAAACCCGACACUUUCAUCCUCUUUCCUUGGUCAUCAACUUUCAGCUCGAGGUAAUUCGAAGAGAAUCACGCCGUGCAUCUUUAAUUUUAGGAGCCCUAGAUGUGCCGUGGAUACUCCGUUUGAAGGUAGCACCUCGAAAUUUCCCCGGGUUAAUGUAUGGGAUCCUUAUAAGCGGCUGGGUAUAACUACUGAUGCCUCUGAGGAAGAAGUUUGGAGUGCUCGGAAUUUUUUGUUGAGCCAGUAUGCUGGUCAUGAGAGAAGUUGGGAAUCAAUAGAAGCUGCUUUUGAGAAACUGCUGAUGAGCAGCUUCCAGAAUAGGAAAAAAACAAAGAUUAAUUUGAAGACCAGGCUAAAGAAGAAGGUCGAGGAGUCUCCACCUUGGGUUAAGAACUUGCUUAGUUUUGUGGAAGUACCCCCACCCGUAAUCAUUUUAAGAAGAUUGUUCCUGUUUGCAUUUAUGGCAUGCUGGAGUGUGAUGAAUUCUGCUGAAGCUGGGCCUGCUUUCCAGGUGCUUAUGGAAUAUUGUCAUUGGCUAAGAGUCCCAUUCGAUGCAACUAUUUCUUAG